CGUUUCCCUUGGAAGGGUGGUGGUACACACAAACAGGAAUUACCAACAACAAAUGAUACAAAUGUGGCUGUGGGGAUCUUGGAUCGAACCAGAUGGAUGAAGUUAAUCGCGAAUGAGCUGACCCUGUCGGUUUGCGCUUUUAAUGAACGAGUAGGCAUUUGGGGAUAAAGGGAGAGCAGGCGAAGACGACGGCAUGAGAAAGGCGCUCAGGUUACAAGAUAGCCAGCUUUAACGUAAUACACACAACUGUUUCACACAGUGGGAAAGUCAUUUGGCGUAUCUGUUUUGUUUUCUGUAGUAUUUCAUUGGCGUUUGAAAAAGAGACUGAGUAUUCCAAAGCAGCAACGAGUUGGCGAGUUUGGCAAUUGUUGUCUUUUUGUUGCCAAGACCGCUGUCCAUUUAAACAGACUGCUUUCUUUCUCUUUGAGAUUUUCACCCUCCAGACCCUGCUCAUUAAAAUAACAGAAAAAAUAUUUAGUGAGCUGUGCCCUGUCUUGCCAAAGAAAAAGAUCAUUAGUUAAGAGCUUUUGCCCCCCCGCUAUUAUUUUCUCACUAACCCUUGCUGCUGAGGCUACACCGCUCUUACCUUUCCGUUUUUGUGGGAAACCUUUCAGUUUGCUGUAAGCGCGGAAAGUUGGAGAAAGAACUUCAUUUAUAGCUACCCUGCUCCCAUCUUUCCCUCCACACUGGUAGUGCCACAUUGGAGGUAUGGAGAACAGAGCCCACCAAAUAUCGUGUCAUAUUGGUUUAACUGGAGAGGAAGUGGAUGAGCCACACGAUAAUAGGAAACGCCAUAACAAUUGCCAACCGCUGCAGGACAUCGGCGACAUCCUCCAGCAGAUCAUGGCCAUCACAGAUGAGAGUCUGGAUGAGGCCCAGGCCAGGAAACAUGCUUUAAAUUGUCACAGAACGAAGCCUGCCCUCUUCAGCGUCCUGUGUGAGACCAAAGAAAAGACAGUUUGCCAUGGUAUUUUUCCAAAACUCAUUCUCUGCUGGCUUUCUUGAUGAUUUUUGAUGAUGCUCUCCUCCAAAUGCUCAGAUGGUGAAAAGGCUAGAAGCACUACUGCAG